AUGCUUCUAAAGCUUGCUAAUGGAAAGAGUCUCUUAAGGAGAGAGAGACAACAACACACACGAACCACUGCAGAUAUCUUUAGACUUGUUCCUGUUGCUGUUUUUAUCAUCGUACCUUUCAUGGAGUUUUUGCUUCCAAUAUUCUUGAAAGUAUUCCACAACAUGUUACCUUCUACUUUUCAGGUUAUGAUGAAAGAACGGGAGGCAUUGAAAAGAAAGCUAAAUGCAAGAAUAGAAUAUGCAAAGUUUCUUCAAGAUACAGUUAAAGAGAUGGCAAAAGAGAUCCAAAACAUCAGGAGUGGAGAAGUUAAGAAAACAGCAGAGGAUCUUGAUGAAUUUCUUAGCAAGGAAAGAGUGUAG